UUAACUUCAUUGGAGAAACCACAAAUCUUAUUGCCAUAUUACGUGAGAGAGCGCAGUUGGAAUGGUUUAAGGAUCAGUCAGGGUCUUGGAACGAAAUUUAUGAAGCUCCGUUUUCACUUCGUUUAACGCCUUUCGGAUUCUGUUUUACAUUUAAUAUCAUGAACGCUUCGGAUGUUAUGAAUCUUAAAGAAGUUUCCCCAGACUUUCAUUACGAUAGAGAUAUCAUGAUGCACAGUAGGGAAAUCAAUACUAACUCGGAUAUGCCACAGGAAAGGAUGAACUCUACAUAUGAUUUCCCAUGGAUCUCAACUCAUUCGGCCCCUGAUAGCGGUCUGACUUUAACUUUAAACUCUGCCAUAACAUCAGUUGAUUGGUGGUGCUCAAGAUUUGAAGGUUUUAAUUUCUAUGUUCAUAGCCCAAACGAGUUACAGUCAUCGACGAAUAAUUUUCAAUUACAAUUCGGAGAGCUUACUGAAGUUUUAAUAAAGCCGAAACUGAUAACAACAGAAGAGGAUUUGGGAAGCUACAAUUUGGAAA